CACUGAGUCAGCCAUUUCCGUCACUCGCUGACUCACUGGUCACUCUUUAAGCAAUAACAAUGGACCGAGAUUCAUCCGACGACGACAAUGAAAACGAUCGCCAAACCCUGAUCCAACAAAACGACACCAAGAAGCUCCCGCAUGAAAUCCCAACCAGCCCCCGUGCUUCCGGCCCUCCGAGAUCUAGCUUCCGCAUCGAAGAACUCGAAUCCCAGAUACGACCGCGUUUCAAGCUCUCCUUCAACAAGCGUUACCUCUUCGCCAUUAUUCUCCCUCUUCUCUUCAUCCCUAUCUUCUUCUCCGCCGACAUUCGCUCCCUCUUCUCCUCCAAUAUCUCCUCCCUUCAAUUCAAUACGGUGUCGGACCGAAUCGAGGAAUCCCAACUCCAAGCUCUUCACUUGUUAAACCAACAGCAAAGUUCCCUUCUUUCUCUUUGGAAUCACACUUUCGUCAACUCCAACAAUAAUAUCACAGCCGUCCAAUUUGAUGACAUUAAAGCCGCAUUGCUUAAUCAGAUCACGUUAAACAAACACAUCCAGCAAAUCCUCUUAUCCCCUCACAGAACCGGGGACGCCGUUGAAAACGGCUCCGUUUUGGUCCCCAACUAUUCCGGUUACAGUUUCGAUCGUUGCGCAAAAGUUGACCAGAAAUUCUCUGAAAGAAGAACAACCGAAUGGAAACCCAAGCGCGAUAAAUUCUUGUUCGCCAUUUGCUUGUCGGGUCAAAUGAGUAACCAUCUGAUUUGUGUGGAGAAACACAUGUUCUUCGCGGCGGUUCUGGGUCGGACGUUAGUGAUUCCCAGCUCGAAAUUCGAUUAUCAGUACGAUCGAGUGCUGGAUAUCGAUCACAUUAACGAUUGUGUUGGACAAAAGGUUGUUAUCUCGUUUGAAGACUUCAUGGAAAUAAAAAAGAAUCACGCUCACAUUGAUAGAUUCAUUUGCUAUUUUUCGAGCCCUCAGCCGUGUUAUGUGGAUGAAGAGCAUUUGAAGAAGCUGAGAUCGUUAGGAAUUUCGAUGGGGAAAUUGGAGAAUGCUUGGAAGAAUGAGGACACUAAGAAGGCGAGUCCAAAAACGGUUAAGGAUGUGGAAGAUAACUUCGCUUCGGAUGAUGAUGUUAUUGCAAUUGGGGAUGUCUUUUUUGCGGAUGUGGAGACAGAUUGGGUGACACAACCAGGUGGUCCGAUUGCACAUAAGUGUAAGACUUUGGUAGAACCAAGUAAGCUUAUCUUGUUGACUGCUCAACGGUUUAUUCAGACGUUCUUGGGAAGUGAUUUUAUCGCUCUUCAUUUUCGGCGACAUGGAUUUUUGAAGUUCUGCAAUGUUAAAAAUCCGAGUUGCUUCUACCCUAUUCCUCAAGCUGCGGGUUGCAUCACUAGAAUGAUUGAAAGGGCCAAUACUCCAAUUAUAUACCUUUCAACAGAUGCAGCAGAAAGCGAAACUGGUUUGCUACAAUCAAUGGUUGUGCUGAAUGGGAAAACUGUACCACUGGUUAAACGACCUCCUCGUAGUUCAGCUGAAAAGUGGGAUGCCUUGUUAUACAGGCAUGGCAUUGAGAAUGACCCUCAGGUGGAAGCUAUGCUGGAUAAGACCAUCUGUGCUAUGGCGAGUGUGUACAUUGGAUCCCCGGGAUCAACAUUCACGGAGGACAUUUUAAGGCUCCGAAAGGGCUGGGGAACGGCAUCAUUAUGUGACGAGUACUUGUGCCAAGGUGAAGUGCCAAACUUUACAGCAGAAGUUGAGGAGUGAAGAAUAUGCAGAAAUGGGAAGCUGUAAAAUUGUGAAGAUGCUCCAUUGCAGAGAAUAGUAGGUGUGGUGUUAUUGUAUUAUAUGAGCCAAUUUUAUUUCGUUGAUUUGAUUACUAGUUUUGCUGCAUUCUUACCACUGUGAUGGAGUGCCAUCCACUCUGGGGAUCAAACCCCUAAACCUUAGUUAAUUUGUUGUGUUUGUAAAUCAUUUGACAAGGAAGGGAUCG